ACGCUUUAAUGUUGGAUUAAUAUUUUUUAUAUGGAUAAGUCUGCGUACAUAGAUGUACAGUUUCUUCAUCAUACAAUACAAAUAAUAUAGAAAAAUAUAUUGUUAUGUUUAAUGUGCUUAUGACGAUCAUAUAUUUACAUACGAGUGUGUUUUAUGUUCAUCUUCUGAUUAACGUAGUGAUGCAAAAAUUGUGAGGUUAAGUAGAAUUACUCGACUUUAGAUCAUUAAAACGAAAUAUUUUUUUGUCGAAAAUUGUUGACUUGGAUCGAAUAUUUUAUUUAUCAAGAUUUUCUUAUGAUGCAGCUUUAAACACACAUACAUAUAUAUGUAUUAAAAAUAUAUACAUACAUACAUACAUAUAUAUAUAUAUAUGUAUAUAUAUACACACAUAUUUAGUGCGAAUAAAAACAUACGAUUAGUUUACUUGAGGAAAAAUUAAAACCAAUAUCAUAAAAAAUGUUAGAAAUAACUUGCAAUGAUCGAUUAGGAAAAAAAGUUAGAGUGAAGUGUAAUCCAGAUGAUACUAUCGGUGAUUUGAAGAAACUAAUAGCAGCUCAAACUGGAACACAUUGGGAAAAAAUUGUAUUAAAAAAAUGGUACACUAUCUUCAAAGACCAUAUUAAACUGCAGGACUAUGAAAUACAUGAUGGCAUGAAUUUAGAGUUAUAUUAUCAAUAGUUCUGUAUAGAUUCGUCAUAAGUAUUGAUAAAGUCUUAAUGUAUUAAUAAUUAUUCUGUUUUCACUGCUAUUAUAAUAAAUUUUUUAUUUUAAAUGA